AAUGACUCUGGAAGUGCUCAAAGACCCACAACUGAUAUCACCCGCAAGCGUCUUUUGUUUUUUGCUGUUGCCGCUGCUGACGCUAUGGUUUACCUAUUGGCGUCUAUCACGUCGCCAUCUGUACGAAUUGGCUGAGAAAUUGCCAGGACCCAAAGGAUUACCCAUUGUUGGGCAUUUAUUCGAUGUCGUUGGACCAGCAUCAUCGGUUUUCAGAACGGUCAUACGAAAAAGUUCUGAAUUUCCCUAUGUAUGUAAAAUGUGGAUUGGUCCGAAACUGGUGGUAUUCAUCUAUGAUCCGAAAGAUGUUGAAAUACUACUCAGCAGUCAGGUCUAUAUUGACAAGGCAUCAGAAUAUAAAUUCUUUAAGCCAUGGCUUGGUGAUGGUCUGCUAAUUAGUACAGGUCAUAAAUGGCGAUCACACCGCAAGUUGAUUGCACCCACAUUCCAUUUGAACGUUCUGAAAAGUUUCAUUGAUCUAUUCAAUGAAAAUUCACGCAAUGUGGUCCGCAAACUUCAGUCGGAGGGUGGCAAAACAUUCGAUUGUCACGAUUAUAUGAGUGAGGCCACCGUAGAGAUUCUAUUGG